AUGAAUUCCACCCGCUCUAUAUUCUACUUGCAACUGCUGAUAAUGAACAGCACAGAAGAUCUGAAUGAAAGCAGUAUCCUGAACAACAUGACCAGUGCAGGCUUCUGCGAACAGGUCCCAAUUAAAGCUGAAGUGUUUCUGAUUCUGGGAAUCAUCAGUCUCCUGGAAAACAUCUUGGUUAUCCUCGCAAUUCUUAAGAACAAAAACCUCCAUUCUCCCAUGUAUUUUUUCCUCUGUAGUUUAGCAGUGGCAGACAUGCUGGUAAGUGUAUCUAAUGCCUUGGAGACAAUUGUGAUGGCAUUUUUGAACAAUGGCUACUUAGUUGGUACUGACCAGUUCAUUCAGCAAAUGGACAAUGUUUUUGACUCAAUGAUCUGUAUUUCACUAGUGGCAUCAAUAUGCAAUCUAUUGGUUAUUGCCGUUGACAGGUACAUCACUAUCUUCUAUGCUUUACGCUACCACAGCAUUAUGACAGUAAAACGGGCUUUAAUUUUGAUCGUAAUUAUCUGGAUUGUUUGUAUUUUCUGCGGCAUUAUCUUCAUCAUUUACUCAGACAGCAAAACCGUCAUUAUUUGUCUUACCACCAUGUUCUUCACCAUGCUUUUCCUCAUGACCACGCUUUAUGUCCACAUGUUCAUGCUCGCUCGUCUACACAUUAAAAGAAUUGCCACUUUCCCAGUCAAUGGUAUUGUACGCCAGAGGACUUGCAUGAAAGGGGCCAUUACCAUCACCAUCCUCCUUGGGAUCUUUAUCAUUUGUUGGGCUCCCUUUUUCCUUCACCUCAUUCUUAUCAUAUCAUGCCCUAAAAAUCCAUACUGCAUCUGUUACAUGUCACAUUUUAACACAUACCUGAUUCUCAUUAUGUGCAACUCAGUCAUUGACCCCAUGAUUUAUGCCUUUCGGAGUCAGGAGAUGCGUAAGACCUUCAAAGAGAUCAUUUACAUGCUACUGUGUGAAUCUCAGCUUGCAUUGUAA